AGAGAUUAGCAGUGUAGUACCUGAAGUGGCUCGCGUGAGCCAAUUCUUUACACAGGAGACACAGACUGUUGCUUGCUGCGAAAGACAAUAUUUGUCUCGCCCUCCGCUCCUCGACUCCGCAACGAUUGGGUGCUCAGUCUUCCACUGUAAUUCGACAGAGAUGGCUUCAUGGGAACAAGAACUCCGCGAGAUGUUCCGCAGCCACGAUAAGGAUAUGUCAGGCUUUAUCAGCAAAGAUGACGUUAUGGUCAUGUUGCUUGCUGCAGACAAGGAUGACAAAAAGGACCCCGCAUUUAAGACUCAUCUCAGAUUUCUCAUCAAUAUGAUCAAAUCAGCAGACAAGGAUGGAGACAUGAAGAUCACUUUCGAUGAGUUCAAGGAGUAUAUCAACAAAGCAGCAACUGCGUAAAAUAGGCACAACGUUUAUGCAGCAAUACAUUUACUUGUUACAUUUAUAUUGAAGUUGAUGAUAUUAAUAAAUAAUUUCACCGUCA